AACCAUUGCGGUAGAGUGUUGCUGAACAAUCCUAUACCACUGGUGGUAAAUGGAACUCCAACAUUGGAAGGGCAGUGGCCAUGGCAGAUAGCUGUCUACCAAACUCAGACGGUGGACAACAAGUACAUUUGCGGUGGUACUCUGAUAUCACACAAGCAUAUCAUCACGGCAGCGCAUUGUGUCACCCGCAAAGGGUCUCGGCGGGUUGUGAAUAAGAAUACGCUCACUGUAUAUUUGGGUAAACACAAUUUGAGGACUUCAGUGGACGGAGUACAGAUCAAAUUCGUGGAGAAGAUUAUAUUACACCCGAUGUACAACGCGUCGACGUUUACCAGCGACCUGGCCAUCCUGGAGCUACGCGAGUCUGUCACGUAUUCGAACUGGGUACAGCCCGCGUGUCUCUGGCCCGACAAUGCGAUCAACCUCAGCAACGUCAUCGGAAAAAAGGGAUCGGUUGUAGGCUGGGGCUUUGACGAGACAGGCGUGGCUACCGAAGAGCUAAGCUUGGUCGAGAUGCCUGUAGUAGACACUGAGACUUGCAUCAGGUCCUACAGCGAAUUCUUCAUCAGAUUCACUUCGGAAUACACCUACUGCGCUGGUUAUAGAGAUGGCGUAUACAACACACAUACAGGAGCUAGGGAAAGUACCUCCGUCUGCAACGGCGACAGUGGUGGUGGUAUGGUGUUCAAGAUUGGCGACUACUGGUACCUCAGAGGGCUGGUCUCCCUCUCAGUUGCUAGGCAGAAUGAAUUCCGCUGCGACCCCUCCCACUACGUAGUGUUUACGGACUUAGCGAAAUUCUUACCCUGGAUCAAGCAGUCCAUUUAUGACUAUUAACUGUACCGGUUUUCGAUAGAUUUUGUAAGUUAUUGCGAAUAGUUUGGUUUAAGAUGAGCUAUGUAGAUAUUUUCGAAACGGCCAUGGAUGUUUGAUUCAAUGGCCACUAUGGUUCAUUUUCAAUCAUUUUGUCCAGCAAUACAAUGUACUAAGUAAUAUGUUUAAAGUCGAUUUCUUAUUAGAUGAAUCACGUGAUAAAUUCAAGUAAAACAUUUACCGAUUUUAAAAUUGUAUCGAUUGCACGAUAAAUCGAUCUCUAUUCGAUAUUACUAAAUAAUUGGGAUGUGGCCAAAA